AUGGCUGGACGGCUUGUGUUGUUGUUAGUGAUGUGGGCGGGUCUCGUGGUAGCUGACAGGAAAUUAACUGUUGUCGAGAAGUUAAGAGAAGAAUCGGAAUUGUCGCAGUUCUUGGCACUGUUGGAACGAAAUGUUGUGGUCAACACAACACUACAACACAGACAGAUGACUUUGUUCGCGCCCACCAAUGAAGCGUUUCAACGUUAUAAUGGGGAAAUGGACGAUUCUUUGGUCCUCUAUCAUAUAACAAACUUGGCAACAACGCUAUCAAACAUGGACUACGCGAUAUCGACAGAUCUCGACGGCAACCCACCGCUGUGGGUGACGAUGCGCCACGACUCCAUGCACAACGACAUCUACGUUAAUAACGCAAAAGUUUACGUUAGCAGAUCUUACCAGGCCAUUAAUGAAAACAAUAAAUUACAAGUGCUGCACGUGGUAGAUCAAGUUUUGCAGCCGUUACAACCACACGGUCCCUCAAUCAGCUCUCCCGUCUACAAUCCUAAUGCAUAUCACUUCCUGGAACACUCCGAUCUCUUCAACAUCGGACAAUAUCGCCUCAGAUCUUUUAGACAGAAAGUUAACCAGCUUAAAAAGAGCAAAGUAUUUGACACAGACGGACGCCACACCUUCUUUAUUCCAGUCGAUGAAGGUUUCAAGCCAACCACUAGAUCUGACCUUAUAGAUGAAAAGGUCAUAGAUGGGCAUGUCAUUCCCCAUCACGUACUCUUCACCCACGCUACACCUGAUGGCAAGGAAUUUGAAACGUUAGCCUUUGGUGAUAAUGUUAAGGUGAUCAUAUCAUUCAGCACGACUAUGAAUGGGAAUGAGGAAAUAACUUACGUAAAAUCUAAUACGGUGGCUGGAGAUGCAAAACACGCUCGAGGCGUAGUCUUAGCUGACAUCGUAAGAGCAAAUAUUCCAGUCAAAAACGGCGUAGUUCAUCUGAUUCAAAGACCGUUAAUGGUAGUCGAUACUACUGUAAUCGAUUUUCUCAAGGAAAAAGAAGACGGACCUCUUUACAAGUUCUAUGAAGUAAUCAUGGACCUAGGACCUAACAACCAGUUCUUCAACGAGCUGAAUUUGGCAAAGGACAUCACUUUGUUCGCACCAUCGAAUGAAGCCUGGGCAGAUUUUAGUGUCCAAAAUAUUAUUAGAGAUCAUAAAAGACUUCCAGAAAUAUUAAAACUACACUUGGUACGAGAAAGGCUUCCUCUAGAUGCUAUAAUUCACAACAACAUGAAUCAGAUCUAUCAAGCACCGACAGCUUCUGCCCGUAAAUACUUAUACUUCAAUGUUCUCACUCGAGGUCAAAAUCAAACUUUGACCGUAGAAGGGGGUGGAGUGAAUGCUACCGUUACUUUGCCUAACAUAGCCGCUACCAAUGGAUUUAUUCACAUAAUCGAUAGAGUAUUAGGGAUCCCUUACACAACAGUAUUCGAGAAGUUGGAAACUGAUCCUAUGUUGAAUAUCACCUACAACUUGGGCAAACGUCAAAUGUUUAACCAGCAACUUAACGACAUGGAAAGCCGCUACACCUACUUUGUACCUCGUGAUCAUGCUUGGCUUAAAUUUCAAAUAAAGCAUCCUUCGGCAUUCAAAGCUUUGUUCAGAGAAGAAAUCGGUUAUUUCACGAAGCAAAUUUUAGAGCGACAUGUUAUCCGAGCGGGACGAGCGUACACAGUAUCUGAUUUAAAACUUCUUGCAAAUGAAACACAUCCCUUCGUUCUACCAACUACACGCGAUCCACUCAAGCUGCGUGUCAAAGAAUCAGAUAAGAAUUAUUACGUUGAAUGGAAUGGUCACUGGAUCCAUGUGUUUAGACCUGACGUCGAGUGUACCAACGGCAUUAUUCACGUUAUCGACGAGCCUUUUGUAUUAGAAAGUGAUAUUCGUCUUACUGGCGGAGCUACAAGAGUCAGCUGUGCUUACACAUAUUUUAUGAUUUUCCUUUCUUUCUGUUUUGUGAGAAUUGCGGAGAAUUAA